ACGUACUACACAAAUGUUGCUACAAAACUAUUAUUUUAAACACCAGUAAUACAACAGCUCUAAUUAUCACCAAUGUAUAAUUUAAACACGUGAUGUACGUGAUGUUAGUGAAAUGGUAACCCUCUAAGUUAUCACUUUAAAAUUCAUAUCGAACAGAGAAUGAGUAACUAAUCACCCAUAAGAUUGAGUAACUCAAGUGUAACCUGUAUAACAUACUAUACAAUCAAAAACAUGUUCGUUGAUUUCCAAGAUUAACUCAUGUGAUAGGUAAAAGCUAUCGUAAUUAGUUUUAAGAAAAUAUGAAGAGAUUCAGAAUUCAUGAAAAAUCAAUACAAAUUAAAAAAGUAACUAUGGAUGAAAAAAUGCAAAUGGACGUUAUAAGCACUGUCGUUGCAGCAUUACAUAUGUAUGGAAAUGAAUAUACACAAAUGAAAAAAUUCAUAGAAAGCAAACUGAAUAAACUUUAUCUUCCUACGUGGCAUUACAUAACUGGUUAUGAUGUGGAUAGGUUAGUAAGUAUUUUCAUUGUAUUCAUGUAUUUCUUAAUUAUUCUGCGAAUUUCAUUUUGUCUAAACUUGUAGCUAAUUCAGUCCCUAGAAACCUCACACAAUAGUAAAUACAGAUUUUUAUGUUAAUCCAGCUCUUAGAUCCGUUAAAUCAUAUUUGUAACAAAGGGUGAUUUGAGGCCGGAUCACAGCUGAAAGUACUUAUUUGAUUCAUGAUAUUUCAAACACUAUUAAUCCCAAAAAUUUUUGUCUUUAAUAAUUAACAUCUACUUCAAGACAAAUACAUCUGAAAGUGUCUACAGUAAAAUGUAUUUCACUACAAAACGAUCGCAUUACCAGAUUCGUUAGGCUGGAAUUUGAACCCUCACCUGUUUAGACAAAAUGUCAUUGAAGUCUACUGAGUACUUAUUUAUGUUGUCGACUAGUCGUUGAAUACAUAUUUCCAUUAAACUUGAUAAGUUUUCCAUAAAGAAAUUAAUUCUACAUUAAUCUAUCACAUCAAAUAAGUGUUGUUUAGAAAUGACUUUAAUGAACGAUCCAAAUGACAUCGGUCAUUGUGUAGAACUAGAUGAAUCAAUUCUAACUACUGAGCCUUGUACAGAAAAUAACUAAUUACAAGAAUAAUGAUUUGGUUCACUACACCUUCAUAUAAAGAUUUUUUCUUUUUUUCGAGUAAUUAGUUUAGUAACCAAAGACAUGAAAUUUAAGCAAAUAUUUCAUUAUAAAAACCAUCAAUGAAACAGAUUACCUAAAUUCACCGCAUCCAUGAGUAUUUAUAUAUUCAUCUACCUGUCCUGAGCCAUUCAUGUAGGGCAUACGAUUUGACAAGUUCGUUUUCGUACACUAGAACAUUAUCUGGCUUGGUUGAGGAAAGGACAGGUAAGAGUGAUUACGAGUCUUAUUCUUGUUCAUUUGGUGGACGAAAAACAUCAACUUGAACUGUAUAAGACUUUGAAAGAUAUCCAUCAAACUUACCUCGUGGUUGACGAGUUCUUAUACUGUAUAUUGCUGAAAUGAUCGUGAUCGAAAUCUGUAAACUUAAUCUCUAAGCCUACAAGACGUUUAUACAACUCCUCUUUCUACCUUGGCCAUCGAUAUUGAAGUAUGUUUUAGAUAAACUUUUAUUAACCCCCAUUCCUUCCCAAAAUAUUUAAACAUUCUAAUUUUUUUCAACUUCCUAUUUUUAUAUAGCCUCAAUAUUCAUCUCUCGACUCUUAAAGAACUACUAUAAAAUCGACUUUUAUCAAACUACUUUGUUAUCUCCUAUUUUAAAUAUUGAGUAGCCUAACGACCGUUCAAAUAAAUAUUUUGAUUCUCACUAAUUAUUGUUCUAAUUACUAUGGUCUUCUUUCUUCUAAUCACUCAAUAGAUCUUCUAAUAUUACUUGAUAGUGAUUCCGAUAUAUUAUUCCUUUAACGCUACUCCACAAUCUGAUUAGUAUUAUAUAUAUAUAUAUAUUAUAAAGGUAGGUUCAUGGUGAGAAGCUCAUUGAAAGGGAAUUUCUUCGCUUCGUUCGCCUAUUUAAUAAAUGUCUGAAUGGAAACUUACACAAUACCAAAAUAUUUUCAUGCCUUAUAUAUAGAACCUUAAAUAUUUAAUUACAUAUCGUUGCUGAAAACGACUGGAACAUACAUUGCAUCAAAACAGAGUUCUGUACUUGCUUUUAUCCCAAAAAUGUUAUACUUGGCUAAAUUAUCGAGCUAAAGCUAUUCUCUGUAUAGCAAUCUACGGAAAUUACAUUCAAUCUUCAAAUACAACACAAUUAAAUUGAAUAGGUUUUUAUGAAUUCAAUUAACCAUUUUAUUGUUAUCAUAAUUUAUAUUUAAGUGACAUCAUGGAAGUUAUAAAAACUUAAAUAUUUUAUUUUUUUGUAUUUUAGCUCAUUGCUAAUGCCUGUUCAAUACCUCAUUUCAUUCAAAUGUGAAGAGAACAAUGUUACUGUUUUUAAAACAAUCUAAAUAUAAAAUAUUCCUAGACAUUCAGCUAUUCUAUUUGUUUUCAAUUCCUUAUUUAUAUCCGACCAAGUGUUGUUUCGAAUAAGAAUUGAAUGAAACAGUUCUUACAAUAACUAUUAGAUCAAAAAUAUUUCACGGUGAAUAUAG